GUUUACGAUAGCGGGAGAAGAAUAAGGCACGGCAAGGGAAAUGAAAGGGAAGAAGCCAAGGAGGAGUUUAUAAGGAACAUGAAGCUAUUGGAAGGUGAGCUGGGAGAGAAGCUCUACUUCAAUGGAGACAGAUUUGGAUUUUUGGACAUUGCUCUUAUUACAUUCUCUUGUUGGAUCCACACAUAUGAGACAUUUGGGGGCUUUAGUGUGGAGAAGGAAUGCCCUAAGCUGAUGAUUUGGGUGAGGAGAUGCAUGGAAAGGGAGAGUGUGGCAAGGACACUUCCAGCUCCUCUAGAGGUCUAUGUCAUUGCCUGCAUGGUGAGGAAGAAACUAGGGUUUGAGUAG